AUGGCGACUCAAUCCUCCUCAGCUCCUCCGGCUCCGACGGACAACAAACCCCAAAACCCAGCUUCAGAGGUUGUACAAACAACACUUGAGGAUCAGAAAAAUAUGGCAGAGGCUACUCAGGUAAAUUCUUCCCCGUCUGUGUUUGUGAACUCAGAGCCGAUGCGAGAGGAUCAAGUGCAAAAUGCUGUCAAGUUCCUUUCACACCCAAAAGUGAGGGGGUCUCCAGUCGUUUAUAGGCGAUCCUUUCUUGAGAGGAAGGGCCUCACCAAGGAGGAGAUAGAUGAAGCCUUUCGUCGUGUGCCUGAUCCAGCCCCGACCAUUUCAAAUGUGCAACCAGCUGGUACAGAUCAAGAUGGUCAGAUGAAGUCUUCGUCGAAUAUUCAACCACAAGACCCAAGUCGAAGUCUGCAGCCUGCAGUAGUCGCUCCUCCUGGUGCCAUUUCUAAAGUAGGAACCUUGUCCAGAUUCCACUGGUCCCAUGCUCUUCUUGCUGUAGGAUUACUUGCUGUUUCCGGAGCAGGAACAGCUGUACUUUUUAAGAACACUAUCAUUCCCAGGUUGAAAUCAUGGAUUCGCAAGGUUGCAAUGGAAGAAGAUGAGGAUCCUGUGGAAAAACAAAACUCAAAACCAAGUGUGGCAGAAGAAGCUGCUGCUGCUGCGAAAGCUGCUGCAGCUGCAGCUGCUGAUGUGGCACGAGCAAGCCACGAAAUGUUGGUUUCAAAAACUGAAGAGAAGAGAUGCUUCAAGGAACUUAUGGAUCUUUUAGAUGUGCAAGUACGGGAGAUGAAGUCAAUGAGUCACACCAUACAGAAGUUGGAAGGUAAGAGAGAAGUUGCUCUCUGA